CAGAUAAUCUUGCGACCCAGAGCAUCUCAUUCACAGUCCGCAAUGUCAUCCGAAGAGAUCGCACGGAAGCUGCAGCGCAAGCUGGACGCCGAGCAGCAUGACCCGAAACCCCUUUCACCGGUGAGCCCGGUGCACCCGGUGCAAACAGAAGCGAGCGAGGAGCCGCCUCAGGUGAAACCUGCCACCGUGAACGACGACGCCACUUCUGAACUCACGGAGAAACUCAAUCGCAGGUUGAACAUUCAAGACGGCACGUCGAAGCCCCAAAAGAUGAAGGUUUUCAAUCCGUACACCGAGUUUAAAGAGUUCUCACGCAAACAGAUUAAAGAUAUGGAGAAAAUGUUCAAGAGAUUUGAUUCCGGUAAAGAUGGCUUUAUUGAUCUGAUGGAACUCAAGCUGAUGAUGGAGAAGCUUGGAGCUCCACAGACUCAUCUGGGAUUGAAGAACAUGAUCAAGGAAGUGGAUGAAGAUUAUGACGGCAAACUCAGCUACAGAGAGUUCCUGCUGAUCUUCCGGAGGGCCGCGGCAGGUGAGUUGCAGGAAGAGAGUGGGCUGAUGGCUCUUGCUCGGCUUUCUGAGAUCGACGUCUCGACUGAAGGUGUUCUUGGAGCAAGGGACUUCUUUGAGGCCAAGGUUCAGGCUCUAUCUGUACGCAGUAAGUUCGAGGCUGAGAUAAGAGAAGAGCAAGAUGAUAGGAAGAAGAUGGAACUCGAGAGAAAACAACGGCGUGCUGCGUUUAAAGAGCUACAAUCUACAUUCUGCUCCUAAACACACACACACGUAACGCAUUUUACCGCUUACUCAGUUACUCAGUUUAGCACAUCCAUGUCUCUUUUUCUACCACAAAUACAUACUAAUUCCUGAUCAGCAUAUUUUAAUGGGACACAAUCACACAAACACGUGCACACUCAGCCUCUUAUAUCACACAUUCUUAUGUAAUUACAGCCACUGGGUAACACAGAACAUGUAGCAUUAGUAUUAUUGGUCACUUUAAGCCAUCCUAACAUAUACAUGUGGAAUUUAUUUAGUUGGUGGGACCUUCAGAUGAGGGCCAAAUAGAGAAGCUGUGGAAACGACUGAAGCAAAAACAAAAGCGAUUAAGAUUUCAGGAGUGUUGUUAAAGCUAAUUUAAGCUUAAGCUAAAACAGCAUAGGCUUUAAUAGACUAGAUUGGGCUUCUGUUUUACUUAAGGAACUACAUAUUUUUAGAAACAAAAUGUUUGUUGUAAAGUUAUUUAGUGUUAAUCAUAAUUUUAGACACAUACAUUGUUGGUGUUGUGGAGCAAAUAUUGAUUAUGACCAACAGAUGAGAAAUGAAAAGAAAGGUAAAAGAAAGCAUGGAAACCAAGUGUCAAGAAAUACUUUUAUUUUUAUAGAUUUUAAUCAUUCAUAUUGUUUGAUUUUCUUUUUUACAGUCCUACAUACUUGACACCUAAUUAUAGUUUUGUUGUUUAAGUUCAGUUAUGAUUUAAUUGUAUUUUAUAUUGGAUGUUCAUAAAAUGUACAUGUGAGUUAUGCUAAUUAUAUCACAUAAAACCUAUUAAAUCACUGUAUUUUUCUGCAAAGUAUACUUAAAGUGUUUGUUUUUUAAAGUAAAGAUUAAG